CUCCCGGGCAGGAGGUGCGCAGCCCUGCGUGCCGCUCCGCACCGCCGCGAUGAGGACGCGAACCGCCCGCGGAGCUGCGGCGUGCGCCGGGCUCCGGCUCGGGGAUGGACAAGGUCUUUUCUAUGGACAUUGAACACCCAGCUACCUAUGCCUAUUGCCUGUGAUGGAAGAGCUUGAUGUUAAUGUGAGUUCAAGUGAGGGCUUCGGCGUAGCAGAGAAGAUCGUGCUGCUCACCUUCAUCUCUGCGGUUAUCCUGAUGGCCAUCCUGGGGAACCUGUUGGUGAUGGUGGCUGUGUGCCGGGACAGGCAGCUCAGGAAAAUCAAGACCAAUUAUUUCAUCGUUUCUCUCGCCUUUGCGGACCUGCUGGUAUCAGUACUGGUGAUGCCGUUUGGAGCCAUUGAGUUGGUCCAGGACAACUGGAUUUAUGGGGAGAUGUUCUGCCUUGUCCGAACAUCCCUUGAUGUCUUGCUCACCACAGCAUCGAUCCUGCAUCUAUGCUGCAUAUCACUGGACAGGUACUAUGCUAUCUGUUGCCAGCCACUGGUGUACAGGAACAAGAUGACUCCACUGCGUAUUGCUGUAAUGCUUGGAGGCUGCUGGGUAAUCCCGACGUUUAUUUCUUUCCUCCCUAUCAUGCAAGGCUGGAAUAGCAUUGGCAUCAUUGAUUUGAUUCAGCAAAGGCAGUUCAACAAGGCUUCCAACUCCACGUACUGCAUAUUCAUGGUCAACAAGCCAUACGCCAUUACCUGCUCUGUGGUGGCCUUCUACUUUCCCUUCCUGCUGAUGGUGCUGGCCUACUAUCGCAUCUACGUCACUGCCCGGGAGCACGCCCGGCAGAUCCGGGUGCUGCAGCGCGCAGGGACCCCUGCUGACAGCCGGCAUCAGCCUGACCAGCACAGCACGCAUCGCAUGAAGACCGAGACCAAAGCUGCCAAGACCCUGUGCAUCAUCAUGGGGUGCUUCUGCCUGUGCUGGGCCCCCUUCUUUGUCACAAACAUAGUAGACCCUUUCAUAAACUAUACGGUGCCGGGGAAGUUGUGGACAGCUUUCCUGUGGCUGGGCUACAUCAAUUCAGGGUUGAACCCCUUCCUCUAUGCCUUCCUGAACAAGUCUUUCAGACGUGCCUUCCUCAUCAUCCUGUGCUGUGGUGAUGAGCGAUACCGAAGGCCUUCCAUCCUGGGGCAGACAGUCCCCUGUUCCACCACCACAAUAAAUGGAUCAACUCAUGUGCUAAGGUACGCUGUUUUACAUAAUGGGCAUCAUCAGGAACAUCAGAAGCUUCCCAUCCACAAUGACCCAGAAUCCCAGGAGUCCUGUUUCUAGCCACAAUCCCAGAAGAGGAACAGCCCAGCUGGAGGUUCCUUUUAGGACACCCAAAGGAUUCCCAGACAGCAGAUGAAUGAACACCCAUUCAUCUGCAUUGUCAGGAGCUGCCUGCACUGACCCUGUAUGAAGGCCCAGCCACACGCUGUGUGGAUCCAUGGAGCCAAGGAAGGUCCCUGAGUGCUGUAUGGUGUGGCCAUAUGACUGCAUCAGAGCCUGCCCUGGGUGAGAGCAGGUUUCUGCCAAGCAACACCACAGAUGCAAUCUGCCUAGAACAGGGACUCCUGUUACUCCUUUCCAGAUGCCAACUCUGUAUGAGCCACCACUCUGUCCCGUGCUAUCCUGAUCCUAAAGAGUUCUGAAGCCCUGGCAUCAUGUGAGAUCAAUUGCUUUAUCACACCGGUGGCUGAAUGCUGCCAGGAGAGAAACAGCUUUGUUUUCUUUAGCCAAACAGAAGAAUUUUUUGCCUUUUGACUGUUGUUAUGGGGAAAGAUCAGCACAAGCUGCUGAUUUACCCUGCCUUGCAGAGCUUUUGUUGUAAAUGCUUUUAUGAUGCUUCCUGGCCAGGUUCCUUGGAGCAGGAUUCAGGAGGUGUGUAUAGUACCUGGCAAGCCGGAGAGGCCUCCAGAGACAUUCUCCAGCUAACAGCAGGUCCAGGACCACUGCUGCAGUCCACUGCUGAGCCUGGCCGCACUGUGCUGCUCUAAGGCCUCACCCAGCAUGCGGCCGGCACUGCCCUCAUCUGAGCAAACUUUGGGCACCGUCAGCAAGCAGAAAGGUUGGUCAAGGGACUGUCAGUCUGUAAUACGUCACUAAGUGCCAUCCUGAAAAAUAUACCAUCUAAGAAUCUCUUCUGUCUCCGUUAGGAAGACAGACUCCUACUUUUCCAUCUUUAUUUUUGUCUGUUUCCUUCUGUUCUCUUCCAGUUGGGGCAAGAAGUUUCAAAACGUUAAGAUAACGCUGUACACACAGCUGUGGGCCAAAACCUCGCUUCUAAGCUGCUUCCUGCAUGUGUGUUGCUGUGUUCCCUGUGAGCUGCUUUCACUUUUGCACAUAAAUGGUAGGCAAACUGUGCACAUCACAACUUGGAAAAAAUGACUUUCCUGCAGUGGGAAAUAUGCAGGAUCAGGACUACAUACCUAUUUAGCUGAAGAUCUAACCCAGAGAUGCUACCCUGAACCUAGGAGAUAAAAUUGUACUUUGUUAUAUUGUGUAGUCAUGUACAGACAUUUUUAAUGUAAAAAGUUGUAGUGACAUUAUUUAUUAUUAUUUUUUAUCAGGAAUGUGUGAGUUUUGUUCAUUAAAAGCUUCGAGACCCAGGAGCUUAACAUUAUAUAUAUAUGAUUUACUAAUAUUUCUGUUGCUAUGUGACAGAUAUUUACUGUAAACAAACAAAUCCUGCCUUGAACAAAAUUGUUGCUCAGUAGGAAAAGAAAACUGUGCAUGCUGAGAACAACGGACUUCUUCACCUUGGCGUCUGAGUUCUUUGAGAUGCUUCUUCCACACCAAACAGUCAGUGAUAGCUUCACUUCAUUUUCCUUUAGGAUCCAAAAGAAAUGUGGGCAGAAACAGCUCUAAUUAGAGGAAGCCAGACACAUCCUAGUGUAGGAAAUCCCCAGCACUUAGGAAGAGACCAACUACUGGUGUUUUGGUCACAGGUGCUGAUGGGAAGAACAUGAGCUGCUUGAAAAGAGAUGGUAAGGGAUGGUUUGUGCCAAUUCCAGUUCAUCAUUAGGGAUGGUCCUUCAGUGACCUGUUUUUCCAAGAGAACUCAGUGUCAAUUCACCUCUACUGUUAACUCUAAAUCAACUCUGGUGGGUGAAGAAGUAGGAUGUCAUUGAAAGUUUUGGGAGAAAUGCAUCCAAGAGAGCUUCAAGCCUAUGAUUUAUACCUCUGUGGAACUGCUCACACAGGUUCUGUCUGGACUUGGGUACACAAGACUGCAGAACAGGUUGCCUAGGAUUGGCUCCAGAUAUCAAUUUCUUAAAGAAAUGCUAGAGAAGAGUUCAUCUGUCCUCAUUAAAAGGCAUCAAAAUAUGUUGAGCGAUACGGAACCAGCUGCAUGGGUGUUCUUUGUUUCUGGUUGUCCCUGAAGUAUUGUUUUCUCCUGUAUUUUAAUGUACUUUAGUAAUAUAUUCUUAAUUUAAAAUGAACUUCUCAGCACUGAGUUUUGCUCACGGGCAGCGUUCAGAAGGCUUUGUCAGUGGGCUCAGUAGCUCACUAACCAAAAUGGUCAACAAAUCUUAAAAAAAGGGAUUCGAUUCUUAACACUAUUUAGUGUCACCUCUGCCUAAUGGCUGGUUGGAUUCAGCAAAGCGGUCAAGAAUCACUUGGCAGCUUCUGCUUAAUAAGUCAGUAAUCUCAGCAGUGCUUCUGCAAACACAGUAAACGGCAUUGUCCAUCAUCAGUAACGUCAGUAUUUCUCUGGAAAAGGAGCUGUCUCAGGGAAAGAACCUGUUUUUGAUUUCCUUCCUCUGCUAAGGGUAGCUGCUCUUGUAGCCUCUGAGUUCAUUUUCCCAUUGACCAUUUUGGUUAGUGGUUUCAGUGUCUCUGCCUGUGCUGAGUAACUUGUAAUGC